CCUUCGUCCCCCUCCCCCUGCCCGUCCACCUCCCACCCCACUUUCCACCCGGGCCGCCAUUCUCUCGUGCCCGCGCCGGUCGGUUGGUGGCGCCUUUGUCCUACAACGGACGGCUACGAGUACGAAGGAGGAGGCCCCAGUGGCCUAGGAGUGUGUGACGGCAGCGGUGGUGGUGGCUGCCCCUUGAGGAAAAGAACGGCCGGGGGAGGCCCACGGCUCUGGUAGCGAUAUUAAUAAGGCAGCGGAAAGAAGAAAUAUGAAUACGGCUCCAGCAAGACCCAGCCCAGCACGAAGGGAUCCAUAUGGUUUUGGAGAUGGUCGGGAUGCAAGACGGGAUCGGUCCCCAGUUCGAGGCAGCCCAAGGAGAGAACCCAGGGAUGGCAGGAAUGGCCGAGAUGCCCAAGACUCCAGAGACAUACAGGACCCCAGGGAUGCCAGAGAUAUGCGGGACCCCAGGGAUUCUAGAGACAUACAGGAUCCCAGGGAUUCUAGAGACAUGAGGGAUCCCAGAGAUGCCAGAGACAUGCGGGAUCCUCGGGAUAUAAGAGAUCUCAGGGACCUUGGAGAUCCUCGAGAGCUGAGAGAUCCCAGGGAUAUGAGAGAUCUGCGUAAUAUUCGGGAUGCCCCACGAGACCCUAUGUAUGACAGAUACCAAGAUGUGAGGGAUUCACGAGAUCCUGUCUAUAAUAGGAGAGAAGAAUCAUAUGACCGUUAUAUACGCAUGGAAGAGUAUUACAGAAGGAAGGAUGACACUUAUUUUGAUCGUUACAGAGACCACUUUGAUGGACGAGCUCCGCCAGGCCCAGAAAGUCAGUCCCGGGCUAAAGAGCGUCUGAAGCGUGAAGAGCGGCGUAGAGAAGAGCUCUAUCGUCAGUAUUUUGAGGAAAUCCAAAGGCGUUUUGAUGCUGAAAGGCCUGUAGAUUGCUCUGUGAUCGUGGUCAACAAGCAGACAAAAGACUAUGCUGAGUCCGUGGGGAGGAAAGUUCGAGACCUAGGCAUGGUGGUAGACCUAAUUUUUCUCAACACAGAGAUGUCACUGACACAGGCCCUAGAGGAUGUUGGCAGGGGGGGAUCUCCUUUUGCCAUUGUCAUCACCCAACAGCACCAAGUUCAUCGCUCCUGUACGGUCAAUAUCAUGUUUGGUACUCCACAAGAGCAUCGUAACAUGCCCCAAGCAGAUGCCAUGGUGUUGGUAGCAAGGAACUAUGAACGCUACAAGACUGAAUCUCGGGAGAAGGAACGAGAGGAAAUUGCCAGGCAGGCAGCCAAGAUGGCAGGCAAAGCUGUUAUGCAGGAAAGGGAUCGAGCAGCAGCAGCCCCCAUGGAGGAGGGGGUGCGAGGAGGCCACCCACCUGCCAUCCAGAGCCUCCUCAAUUUACUGGCUGAUAACAGGUACCUCACUGCUGAAGAAACUGAUAAGAUCAUUAACUAUUUACGAGAGCGGAAGGAACGGCUUAUAAGGAGCAGCACAGACCUUCUGCCAGCUACUAUUUCCCGACAACCCCUUGGGGCGACUUCGGGCACUUCACUGAAAUCCCAGUCCAGCCUGCCUAGCCCCCAGCCUCUCCAGAGCAGUCAGGCACUCCCUCCGGCUACACCAGCUCCAGCAUCAGCCCCCACCCCACAGCAGGAGCUUCAGGCCAAAAUCCUCAGCCUCUUUAAUAGUGGUGCCGCCACUGCUGCAGCAGCUGUUGUGGCCAACAGCAGUCCUACCCCUGCCACAGCUCCCCCAACAGGCACACAGAACCAGAAUUUUGCCACCAUGUCUAACCAGUCUCAUCAGAGAUCACAGGCCUCAAGCAACCAGCCUCCAAGUAUCUUGGGACAGGGAGGCUCUGCCUGCAACGUAGGCCCCAGGCCCGGGGCUCCAUCUCAAGGGCUCUUCAGCCAGUCCUCCAGUCGACUGGCACCUGCAAGCAAUGUUGCUGGCCAAAGGCCAGCGUCCUCCACAUAUAUCAACUUUGAUAAUCCAAGUGUACAGAAAGCCCUGGACACCCUGAUCCAGAGUGGCCCUGCCCUCUCUCACCUGGUGAGUCAAACCACAGCACAGGUGGGACGAUCCCAAGGCCCUCUGGGAUCCUACCAGAGGCAUUACUGAUGCUAAGUUAUAGAUCGCACCCUCUCUUCAUCCCCACUCCUCCCUCCUCCACCUAUUUACCACAUUCUUAAGAGUUUUUUCCCAGGGUGUUCUGUCUACCUGACCACAUCCAUAUUGAAUGUCACGAGCCUACAUCACCACCUUUCCUUCCUACACCCAGCUUUGUUACUGCUCUCCCUUUAUAGGCAGAGUUUGAUAGGCUCCAAGAUUUAUGGAGCAGAGCAUAGGUGUCUGAGCUGAAUUGACAAUUGGGCAUUCCUUAGGUUUAGGGGAUUGAAUAAGCUGAGGCCUGGUUUGGCCUGCCCUUAGGGCAGCUGAAAUAAGUUUCUGCCCCACUUAUUUAUCGUGGUCCAGAGCCAUUGCUUCUGCUCAUUCAAACAGCCACCAGCCUCCUUGGGAGGCAGCAGCAUUGAAAGGAAAGCUUGCCAGUUUAACACAGCAUAAACCUAUAUUCUGCAAAACCUACUCAGGAGGGAAUCAAAUAGCAGUUGGCAAACUGGGUUUGAGUAGUCACAUUGUCACUGAAGUCGCCUUCUUCCAGAAAAAGAGGCAAAAGCUAAGAGGACAGGGGCCAAUUUGGGGUUUAAUAAAAUCCUCCCCCAGAAUUUGGAGAAGGAAUUGGCUACAGUAUAGCCAUGAAAACUAUUCAGGGUUUUUGCAUUUAACUUAACCAUCCCCACCAACCAAAUAGCUCCACUCACUAACAAUUUAGCCCAGAUCGUAUGUCCAUCCUCAGGUUCUCCUCCUGUGAUUGGCCCAGUAGCUCUCCCACAGGUGGUUUCAGGUGGAGGAUGGUAAGGAGCCUAUAACAUAAGCAAAUGUGACUGUAGAACCUGGCCCUAGGAUUCCGUUUUCUCAAGAGAUGUUUUGUUUUUUUGUUUUUUGAGCAAUUAGCUUGAACAACAGACUGUUCAUCUCAACCCACUUGUUUGGUUUUUUUUGAGGAGAGGAGUUGUGGGCAAGGGAUAAUUUGAGGGCAGAUGUUCUAGCAGCUGCAGUGCAUCUUAGGUAUGGACACCCAACCUUCAUUCCCAAGUUUUGAGCCUGAAUGAAAUUGUUGGUAGGAGAGCAUCUGGCUUCUGCUCUCUGUUGGCGCCAAAGGAAGCUGCUCUUUCCUUGGGGACAUGCUCAUUCCACCCCUUUGAGCCAAAGCCUCUGGGGCUUGGGACAGCCAAGAGGUUGGGCCUCUAGCUGUGCCAGGGCCUGCAGCUGUUUGAACAUGGUUUAGAAAACUCAAGGUCCCUUAGGUGGCAGCUUUUUUAUGUUCCAACCUGUUUGUGUUAUAUAGUGUGUUUUUUUCUCUUUGAAACUCUUGUGUUGUUAAUAAGAUAAGAAUAUUACUUUUUAAUUAAAGAAGAAAAAAUGUGAAAACCGUUGUCUGUCCUAUUGGAUGGUUUUCAGUCUGAAUAUCUGAAAUGGACCUCUCUGGGACAUCCCACCUUGGAGUCAAAUAAUGGUAUCACUUAUUAAAUGGCUUCAACUGUUGCAUUUCAUAUUAUCCUUACCCUAAAUGCUGCCUUUAAGCUACCCAGCCAACCAAUCUACCCAUCCAUACAGGGUCAGCUGCUAACUUUGGCAGGGGACUACCCCAGACAUUUUUGUAACCUUUUCUGGUGCAGUUCACCUAGUGAUAAACUCUUAAUAACUACUUGUAUCAAACCCCUGCUGGAUAAUUAUAUUUUAUGCUUAAAACACUUAUUUCAACUAGAGUUUCUUCUACAUGAUUCCAUACAGAUUCUACUCACAUCCUUUUGUGCUAGGAAAAGAAUUUUGGACUUUGUGAUUCCCUAUUCUUUAUAAUGAUUAAGGAAAGGCGUUUCCAGUGCCCAGAUUUCUUACCUGUCUAAACAACUUUACCAUUCCAUUCCUACCACUCAGAAAGCAGCUAAUAGAAUCUUUUUUUUUUUAAUUUUUGCAGGGCAAUGAGGGUUAAGUGACUUGCCCAGGGUCACACAGCUAGUUAAGUGUCAAAUGUCUGAGGCUGGAUUUGAACUCGGGUAUUCCUUAAUCCAAGGCCAGUGCUUUAUCCACUACGCCACCUAGCUGCCCCAGCUAAUAGAAUCUUGAGCUGAAAGGCACUUUAGAGACAAUGUGAUCCAGCCCCUUCAUCUUAUGAAGGAGGAAACUGAGGCUUAAAUGGGGGGAAGGGACUUGCCUAGGUCUGUAAACCUAAUUCAGUUUUUACUAGUUUAGAGUAAAAAUUCCAGUCCAGAUCUCCCAACUUCCAGUCAAAUGCUCUUUCCACUAUAUCACAUUCAUUUCUUUGCUGCUUUUAUUCUUUGUCCAACCGGAUCUAGACUGGCAAGAUAGUCAAGUAUCCAGAGAAGAAAGACAGCCCAACUUUGGGCAAGGGAACUAGGCCUGGGCCUUUCAGAUCCUGUGAAGCCCAUGUCAUUAUGAAAGUCUGCACCCUUAAAGAAAACAAUAUUGCCCUGAAUACCAUUGCCCCAUUCCUGUUUCUUUCCAAUAUCAACUUGAGACACUGCAGGCCAUGAAGGGUGUAAUAAAAUUCUUUUUAUUGCAUUUUGUGCAGACAAGAGUCUAAAAAAUUAAUACAGUAAAAGCUAUAAAGCAUUAAACAGGAGCAUUCAACAAUUGAAGAGAGAACCAACCCCUCCCUUUUAAUAUUGGCACAAAAAAAACACAAAGAUAAAUACUGAGAAGGAAUGCUGAAUACCCAAACACUUGCAC